CAUUAGUCAUAACAAAAGUUGAUAGAAGUCGGUCAUCAAGCAAAAAUUUUCCAGUGGAUCUAGAAGAUUAAAAAAGUUCGCGUAAAAGUGCAGAAAAAACUUAAAUCACUGCUCGCAAACGUGCUUCACAUCCGGCUCAAUCAGGACAAUUAACUUUGGAUCGCAAAACUAGCGGAAUUCGACGAGAAAAUGCUAAACGUUGUUACAAGUCGAUUUUUGGUGCUAAGAUUCAUUGACCAGUAAUUCACCUAACCUCGCCUUCCCACGUAAUACUUCCACCGAUUGUUGAAUGCUAAUAUUCUCACAUUUAAGGCUGAAAUCUUUUAUUAGAAACAGUAGAAAACACACAAACCCAAAUCGACUCUAAAUUAAGACAUUAUCAAAAGUGCAAUCUCACAUGCAAAUGGCUUGGCUCGGUAUUGGCGCUUUGGCUUCCGGUUUAGUGUUGCAACGACUGCUGGGCGGCGAUGUCCCUCCGAACAAGGUGCUCGAGGUCAAGAACGAGAACUACAUCAACCUGCAGGUGUUGCACCGGGACGAUGCGAUGCGGCUGUAUGCUCCGAGCAACGGCGGAAACGAAAAGAAGCCGAUGUACGAGAUAGUGCUGGAGCGGCCCCACUCGGAGACGGUGAAUACUUCCUACAGCCUCUACCGAAGUGCAACGCAAGCCGAAGCUGAAGAAAAAUUCGAAGCCUUCCACCAAAGACUACCGGAACUGGUUAAAAUGAUUCGCGAACUGUACAACAUCAACGGUCUCCAGAAGCUGUGCGACACCUUGAUCGAGUAUCCUUCCUGGUCCUUGGCCCAUAUCAUCGCUCACUUCAAUCUCACCGAUUACAUCUCCAAUCCAAAAAUCGUAGAAUCCAUCGAUGAUCCGGAUCAUACCGAUUUGCUGACACCGCUACAGAUCGCCACCAAAGCCAAUAAUAUCGAGAUGGUUAAGGCUCUUAUAGCCAUCAGCAAGAUCGAACAUUUGGACAACAAUAGCAAUUCAGUGUUUCAUUAUGCCGCAAGUACUACCAAAGAGAUGAUCAACUUACUAACGGCCAAAAGUACAACCAAUUUGAAUCACUGUAAUGCCGACGGCUAUACACCGUUGCAUUUGGCGUGUUUGUCCGAUAAGCCGGAUUGCGUCAAGGCUCUACUGCUGGCAGGAGCCGACACCAAUAAAAUGGCACGAUGUGCGAGUAAUGCCUAUAACAGGUCGUUGACUUCGAAACCUUACUUCUCAGGCAAUGUCGCAGACUAUUUGGUGAGUAAUCCGAACAAGCUGUUCACUCAGGACAUGAAGCACGGUGGAACGCCACUACACUGGAGCUCCAGCCGGGAGGUGCUGAACUCCCUUAUCGAACGAGGCUGCGACGUCAAUUUGAUCAAUUUUAACGGACAGACACCGCUACAUGUGAUGGUCAGUCGCGAUCGGCUCGAGUGCGUGGUAGCUCUUCUGGCACACGAGGCGGAAAUCGACGUCGUGGACAAUAACGGCAACACGCCACUGCACAUCGCCGUCGAGAAAAAACUCAUACCGAUCGUACAGUGUCUGAUCGUGUUCGGAGCCGACAUCAACAAGGCCAACAAGGAAGGUAAGACCGCCCGACAUAUGGUCGGCAAAGACGAUUCCGGUUCGAAGGACGCAGGAAUUCUGUACAUUCUGCACUCGGUCGGUGCCAAACGAUGUCAGGACAAUGGCAGCAGCAAAUGUCCUCCCGGUUGUUCAUCCAAGGGUAACUACAAUGGAAUUCCACCGGCCCAACCGGAAACCAGCGAACAGCGGGAACAUAUUCAGCACGUACUGGCCAGUACGAGUCGGUCCCAACGGAACAGCAUUCCCAGCUUGAUAUCGAACACAAUCAAAACUGUUCGAGAAGAGCGCGAGCGCGAGGUGUUGCGGGAAAUCAAAGAAGAAGUGAAAACUGUAGACGUUACUCAGGAACGUAAAGGGGCCAGCAUGAUGGAUGCGCUUUUAGCAAUGUUUACCAAUAAAGUAGAAGCGGCGCCCAAAGAUAGUGGAUCUGGAUCGUCUACUACUUCGCCGACUGACAAAAACUUGAUUGACAUAGGUGAUGAUCCUAUGUUGGGUGAACCCACCGUUAAUGAAUCAACAUGUCCUCCUCCUACCUCAGGAGAAUGGCAUGGCCGUGGACGCUUGCUGUGCCUUGAUGGCGGAGGCAUCCGUGGUCUGGUAUUGGCUCAAAUGCUACUGGAAAUUGAAAGACUUGCACAAACCCCAAUAAAUCAUCUAUUUGAUUGGAUUGCCGGAACCAGUACCGGUGGGAUGCUGGCACUCGGCUUGGGUUGUGGCAAAACCAUGAAACAAUGCAUGUGCUUGUAUCUACGCAUGAAGGAUCAGGCGUUUGUCGGUUCUCGUCCCUACCCCAGUGAGCCAUUAGAAACGGUUCUUAAAGACCAACUGGGAGAAUUCACCGUGAUGUCCGACAUCAAGUAUCCGAAGCUCAUGGUUACCGGAGUGAUGGCCGACCGAAAACCAGUGGACCUGCAUUUGUUCCGCAACUACAAAUGCGCCAGUGAUAUUCUAGGAAUUGCAACGCCAUCAAACAGCCGACGGCAGCCACCACCGCCUCCAGAGGAUCAGCUUGUAUGGCGCGUUGCUCGUGCAACGGGAGCAGCGCCCUCAUACUUUAGAGCUUUUGGUCGGUUUUUGGACGGUGGCCUGAUAGCGAACAAUCCGACCCUGGAUGCGAUGACCGAAAUUCACGAAUACAAUAUGGCUCUGAAAAGCCUCGGACGCGAGGCGGAAACGACACCCAUUUCUAUCGUCGUUUCUCUUGGAACGGGGCUUAUUCCGGUUACCGAGUUGAAGGAAAUCGAUGUGUUCAGGCCAGAUAGCAUAUGGGACACCGCGAAGCUGGCUUACGGCAUCUCUGCUAUUGGGAACCUCCUGGUCGACCAAGCGACGGCCUCCGAUGGACGCGUGGUGGAUCGCGCCCGUGCCUGGUGUAGUAUGAUUGGAGUUCCGUACUAUCGCUUCAAUCCGCAGAUGUCCGUCGACAUCGCAAUGGACGAGAAGAUCGACGAACCGCUCAUCAACAUGCUGUGGGAGGUCAAAGCCUACAUGUACACUAACCGGCGAAAGGUCAUCGAAAUGAUCAACCAACUCAAGUGAGGCGCAGACGUUCGUAGUGGACCGUAGUAGUGUGACCGUACCGUGUGCAGUGGUAGAACUCAGAUCAUAGGUAGGUUCUUCGUUUCGUAUUUUCUGUCUUAAUCGCGGAUGAGAGAAGCAUAUAAUAGGUGGAUCAAUCCCUAAAAAUCUCAGAGACAAUACAAUUCGUAAACUAAUAUCCAGUAAGCGUAAUGUAAGCGGAAAAAAAGGACAACAGGAAUCAUAUUUUUACAAUACCCAUAAAAUGCAGAAGAAACCAAUAUAUCUACUUGUGACAGUUGGAUUUUUGACUUUUUUCCGGGAAAACAGAAAAUUCCGAUUAGUUUAUAGUCAGAGUACAACGAUAAAAUAAAUUUACAGAGUAAAAGCGAAAGUAACCCAACGGCUUCAUACAUUUACUGCACACAUGCACCAUACGAAGCUCAUUUGACGAUCGAAAAAAUGGCCGAUAAAAUUCGUGGGAAUAACUGAAUAUUUGUGCUUGUGUGUAAGCUCGUCAUUGAAACAAAGAAGAUCCAUUCUUUUUGUCUGUUUGUUCUGAGGAUUUUUACAUGUAUGUUGUGGAGCUUAUUGUUAUAUGAAAAUGUUUUGUCUUUACAAAUAUGAGUAUAAGAAUAGCAAAGGUAUAAUAAUGCUUCCAAAUAUUGAUAACACCGUGACCCCACUUGGCGUACAUUCCAUUUGUCGAAAACAUUUGAAAUUUUAAACAAAUCUAAGACCGUUACAAACAUUUAAUUAAAAUUAUGUCCUUCUGGUCCCCGAAAGGUCAAAGGAGAGAUAAUAAAAAAUAAAUAUUACAAAUUAUUAUUUUUGGACAAAAAAAUCCGAGAAGGCAUUUUUUUAAAAUUAUUUGUAUUUGUAGCUAUUCUUUUAACUUGAAUACGCAUAAAUUUCGUUCACUUUAAAAAUGUGGUCGGUAUGUUAGUUUACAAUAUAAUAGCGCACUUACAUAUCAAGCUCUUGCUAGAACAGGGACUUAGGUGGCAUGAUACAGUUUUCUGUAUCAAUUUCUUUUCGUAUUUGCAUAACGAACAGCUGGUUUGUUUGUGGGUUUUAUCACCCUACAAGUUUGUAUGGUCAUCUAAUCGUUCUACAAUAGUAAAGCAAGAGCUUGAUGUCAAAUAUGUGUAUGCUCCAACAACAACGCUCCUUAUUAAAGCAUAAAAACUAUAUUCUGCACGCCAACCACACAGGUAGCAGCAUUGAGUUAUUUCAGUGCGCCAAAUGGGGAUUUAUUACCAGUGUGAUUUGUAUUGCUAAUGCAAAAUGGUCGUUCUCAUCUAGUAAAUGUUCCUUUACGAAACUAAAACCACCAAGACCAAACUACUAGCUCCAUCACAUUAUGGCAUAUGCUCUUUAACGGACUUCCUUACUGUAGUUAUCACUUUUGUCUCUCUUUGUAAGUAAGUGGUGAUCAGGGCCACUAAAGAAAAAAUUCCACGUUCGCAUAGCGACCUUCAUUGUUUUGGGUUCAAAAUGUUGUAUGCUUUAUGGCACGCCUUAAAGGCUUAUUAAGUUAUCGUCAAUAAUUUUCAAAUAGCUCGACAUUGUUGGUUAACAAGGGCAAGAGUCGUAACCGCUACCAUUGACUUUGCAAAGUUCUGGAUAAUUAGAUUCGCUUCGACUAGUCUAAUCGUUGUUUACGUAUCCGACUAAGUUCUAAUGAAUUAAUUUUUAAAUGAAGGAUAUGAAUUAUUGGUAAAACGGAAAAGAACUUUUUCAUAGAAAAGAUUAUCUGCCAUCAAUUGAAGCUUAUUAACUUUUGAGAAAAAUAUUUGAAAAUUAUUGAUAACAUUCACGAUAACAUUCGCACUAAUGGUGUAAAGAAAAAUAUGUUAUUUAUUCAGUAUCAUAAACAAGGAUUUCAUUAAAAAUAAAUUUACACAUUCAUUUUUUUUUUUUUUGCAAAAGCACAGUAAAAUAAAUAUGCCGGAACAUAUUGUGUUUGACAAUUCCACUGAAAAUUUUCUGUACAAAUGAAAACAUAUGAAAACCGAAACGAAAUGUUAUAAAAAGUUUUUGGGAAAAAUA